AUGUAUACGGCAGGGAUUCCUAUAUAAGACGUGGCACAUCGUAUUUUGGAGUAUUAUCGUACUGACUGCAAGCCAGACGGACACACAAGUUACAAGAUGUUCAAGCUGUUCUGCUUCCUCGCCUUCCUGGCGUUCGCUGCGGCCGCUCCCGCCCCCGCACCUGCACCUGCACCGGCACCGGCACCGGCACCCGGCGCGAUCAUCGGCGCUCCCCUUGUGACAUCCUACAAUGCUCCCAUCAUCUCCGCACCAUUAGCUUACAGUGCUUACAGCCUGCCGCACUACAGCGCGUACUCGGCGCUUCCAGCCUUACCGUACGCUUACAAUUACAAGAGCUACGCCUACCUGGCCUGAUCGACCACUAUAUCGAAGGACGAGACAUCUGAGAUUGAGGACCGAGAAUCUCCAUGGAUACUCUACGAAUUAAUCGACCGAUCGACAAAAUUUUCUUGAAAAAUCCAUCCUGGAUAUCCCCGCGGAUUCAUCCUUUUCAUUCACCUCUUCGCCCGUUCGAGUAACUCCGCAUUCGCAUCCGUAAGGUUCAGAAUCAAUAAAAUCGCUUAAAAGCAA